AGCGCUAAGUCGCCGCUGGCGGAGUAGGACAAGAAAGCGCUUUUGGUCUCGGAAGCGAGACGCUUUUGGUCUUUGGUCGCCACAAGCGCUGGUUAAUUUACGUUCCUUCUCCCUUUAUUAUUUGAAACGUGGCUUAUUCUUAUAAACGUAGCCAAGAUAUAGUAAAUUCCUUUUCUCGAUAGUGUCUCUUGGAUUUUUUCUCGUAAAGGGAUCGUUGCACACCUGAGUAGGCUAACUGUUUGACAGGAUCAUCCACAAUGGCAAGCAUCGGUUCGGUGGGGGACACUGAGACAGACCGUACAGACAACAUAUUGCAGCCAGAGUCUGACCAGAACCUCGAGCCUUCCAAGAGCCCUCCCUUGGAUAUGAUCGACACGGGGAAAGGCCUGAAGGUACAGACACCCACUCCUCACCUGGUCAGUCUUGGGAGUGGUAGGCUCAGUGUGGCUAUCACUGUACUACCUCUAAAGGAGGGAAUCACACGCAUUGGCCGUGAUGAUGCUCCUGUACCACAGGAUAUCACGAUUGAAGGCCCCGGCAUUGAGGCAGAGCACUGUGUUAUCGAGAACCGAGGGGGAGUCAUCACUCUCAACCCAUGUGGACAUCUCUGUUCACUUGAUGGAGCCCCUGUUACCAAACCGACCCAGCUGACACAAGGAUAUUCUCUGUGUUUAGGUAAGUCAUACGUCUUCCGUUUCAACCACCCAGAAGAGGCCAGCCGGAUGAAGAGCAUGCUUCCUCAGAAGAGUCCUGUGUCUCCGCUGGUCUACAGCACAGACUACUUGAAGUUCAGCAGUGAUUUCAGUCACAGUGUAGGCGGGCCCAGUUCCAGAGGCAUGCGGUCUGUCUCUGAGCUGCGGGACUUGAUGGACACCCUGCAGAGGAAGAAAGAGGCUCUGGAGAAGAGUCUUCGGACCAAUGGCGACAGCGGCCCUUCCUACUUCAGCAUGACACAGUCUCCGCCUACUACGCCCAACUCCUUAAAACCUGUGACUACGUCCAGCCCCAUGUCAUCCUAUCAGGAGCAAGCCAGGCGCCUGUACACUUCUGAGCGCCCGCCCCUUUCAGUUAAAGUACCUGCCCACUCACCCAACAGCAUGCCCUCUUCACCCAGACGUUCUGACCCCCGAGACCCCCCUCUUCCUUAUUCAAGACCCAUGAUCCGGAACCGGUCACAGGACAAUCUGAUUGCUGCAUCAGUCAGUCGUCAUGUUCAGGCCUCAGGUUCACUGCUGUCCAUGUGGAAUGGCACCUCUUCCCCUACCCCAGGGGGCAGCAGUGGGGCAGCCAGCAUGCCCUCCAGCCCCCGACUGGCUCGCAGGCAGCACACACAGGACGGUGGGCGCAUCGGUGGUCUGGAGCCAUUGCCACGCCAACGGAAGUACUCGGCCGGCUCCCUGACAGGCAUGGGUUCACACAGCCGCUCCUUACCCCGCCUGUACCGCCCGGUCGACAGCCAUCUCCCCCUCCCUCCGACCCGCCGCUCGCUGGAUGGCAAAGCUAUGCGCCCCUCACUCACACCGGAGCCCGGCCCCCUGAACGGCCACUCCGAGGUGGUGUCCAUCUCCUUGUCCGCCAGGUCCAUCUCCAAGAGCGCACCAGCCCCUCCGGACGUGACCGUAGCUUCCAGCGUGACCACCAGCCCUCGCCAAGCCAAGAAGUUGAGCCUGACCACCGGCAGCUCCUACUCGGACCUGGAGAAGCAGGCCACGGGCGGACCCUCCCCAGUCCUUGAGCUGGGACUUGGGGAGAGGAGGCAGUCGUUCGGGAAGGCCGGGCUCGGCCCGCAGGGCGGCUUCCGUGAGAGGAAGGGCAGCAUCAGCUCUCUGAGCGGGAAAGAGGAGCUCCAGGACUACCAUCAGAGACAGCGAGAUGAGAGGCUCCGAGAGCAAGAGGUGGAGCGACUGGAGCGCCAACGCCUGGAGACCAUCCUGAGCCUUUGCUCGGAGCGGGAUCAGAGUGCCACAGCUGUGGCGGACCUGCAGAAGAUCAACAAGGAGCUGGAGAAGCUGCAGGUGACCGAGGACGAGCCCCUCAUCACCAACCCAGCUGGCACCGCACUAGUUAACGGCUAUGGCCUCGGGCCACGGGAGCACCAGGCGUCCGAGGAGGAGACGCGCCCGAAUCAGGAAGCGAUGCGUCUCGAGGAGGCGCGGAUCCAGGUGUUCAACAACAUAGAGGAGCUGGAGCAGAAGAUCAAAGAACUGGACACCCAGAUGGAGGAGUCCGACAGAGAGAUGGAGGUAGAGCGUGCCCUACUGGAAGGCGAGCAGGACUCUGAGAUGGCUCAGCUACAGCACGAGAGACAGAUGCUGGAGCAGCUCAAAGAUAAGAUGGCUGACCUUGAGAAGAAGAUUCAGGCUGAGAAAUCUGAGGAUAACGCCCGGCUGGACGCCGAGCGGGUAAGGCUCGAGCGACUGGCCGAACAGCUGGUGGAGCAGCAGGCUCAGCUGGACACAUGCCCCGAGGCCCUGAAAGAGCAGCUCCUCCUCCAGCUCUCCAGGGACACUGAGGCACUGGAGAUGGAGAGCAAGCGCUUUGAGGAUCUCGAGUUCCAGCAGCUGGAGAGAGAGAGCCACCAGGAUGAAGAGAAGGAGACACAGACACAGCAGAUCCUCCGAGACAUCACCGAGUACCAGCGCAGCACCGUCAACCGCAAGGAGAAGCUUCUAGCCCUGAAGAACCAGUCUGCACAGAUAAUCCAGCAGGCCCAGAAGGAGAAAGAGAGCUUCAUUAAGGAGAAGAGCAACCUGCACCUGAUGCUCCAGAGGGAAAAGGAGAAUCUCUCCAGUUUGGAGAAGAAGUAUGCCGAGCUCACAGGGGGACGGGGCUUCCCUGUCAAUCAUCUCAGCAUGAAGGAGGGCUAUGUCACAGUCAAAGAAAUCAAUGAUCUCUAUUCCCAGCUGGGGCUAGAGCCCUUCUCCGGCACCCCAGCCUCUGGGUUUGACCCCAGGCCCAACCCUGAGCCUUGUCCUGAGGACAGCAACACCCCACCCAAACCGGACGAGCAUUUCCGAAGUCUGGAGGAAAGGAAGCGGCUGGGUAAAGAGAGUCCGUCGUGUGACACGCUACCUCGUAAAAAGACCCAGCCCCCCAUCACCCUUCAGUUCAGCUGUGCCACCCUGGGCCGCUCCGCACCUCCAAAAUCUCACCCACCUUUAUCCCAGAGCUCCAGUUGCGGCAGCGUGCUGAACCGCCUUCUCACUGUGUCCCCUAAAGAGUCUGAGAAACGUCGCCUACACAAGGGCCAUAGUCAGCAGCACCUGGGAGACGAGUCACGCUCGAGGCUGAAGGACCUCGACUGCCGCACCUCGUCCCAGUCCAAUGUCUACCUGGACUCGCCGGGCUACCGUGACAACGGGCACGCCUUCGACACUCUCAGCGUGGACAGCUCGGACAGCAUGGAGACCAGCAUCUCUGCCUGCUCCCCUGACAACGUCUCCAGCGCCAGCACCUCCAACGUGGCCAAGAUUGAGGAGAUGGAGAGGCUCCUGCGUGAAGCCCAGGCAGAGAAGCACCGACUCCUGGAGCACAGGGAACGGGAGAUGGAGGUGCGGCGGCAGGCCCUGGACGACGAGCGUAGGAGGAGGGAGGACCUGGAGAAGCGGCUGCAGGAGGAGACGAGCAGGCGCCAGAAGCUCAUUGACAGGGAGGUGAAGCUACGCGAGAAGCAGAGGGCGCAGUCCCGUCCGCUAACCCGGUACCUGCCCGUGCGGAAGGACGACUUCGACCUGCGCAGCCACAUCGAGUCCGCGGGCCACAACGUGGAGACUUGCUACCAUGUGUCCGUCACCGAGAAGACCUGCCGUGGUUUCCUGGUCAAGAUGGGCGGCAAGAUCAAAACGUGGAAGAAGCGCUGGUUCCUCUUUGACCGCAACCGCAGGACGCUGUCCUACUACUCAGACAAGCACGAAGCCAAGCUGAAAGGAGUCAUUUACUUUCAAGCCAUAGAAGAAGUGUAUUAUGACCAUUUAAAGAAUGCACACAAGAGCCCGAACCCAUCGCUAACGUUCAGCGUAAAGACUCACGAUCGUGUGUAUUAUAUGGUGGCUCCUUCCCCUGAGGCCAUGCGCAUCUGGAUGGAUGUCAUCGUCACGGGGGCGGAGGGAUACACACAGUUCAUGAUCUAGGGGCCGGCGUGCACCUCAGAAACGGAACCUUCUCCACACUCUGUCUCAGGCACUGGGCUCCUCCCUCAGACACUUGUAGCAACUGGGAUUUGCCAAAUACCAACAGCGUGACUGGGCUGCUGCUGUUCUUUCAAAAAUCCCACCUCAGUUUUGAGAUCUGCCAGCACAAGCUGAUUCGUGACUCCAGCCGUCAGUCAGUUCGCCAGGUUUGCCAGUGAUGAACUCAUUGUGUGUACUGUUACAAGCUUUAGGAGUCUCAGUGGUUGUCUGAAGUGCCUUCACAUGCUGAUGAAACUGUUCUGCCUGUGCCUUGCUCUACACAGUACACACACACUUUACUGAGUAUCCAUUACCCACGACUGCAACUGUUGCAAAAGGCUGAAGUGUGCGUGCAUGGGCAUCUGCAUGGUUGCAUGCCUUUUGUUUUCGUGUGUGUGUGUGUGUGUGUGUGUGUGUGUGUGUGUGUGUGUGUGUCUGUACCUUGAUCCCAGCGAUAAAGAAUCACACACUGAUGUCUAGGUUUACUUUGCUCUGAAAGCUGAGAGUGCUGUGCUCUCCAUCAUGGUUGGAGUCCAUACUGAUGGUACAUGGAGUUCAGUAACAGUGAUGUGGAGGUCUAAGGUUACGUGUUAAGUGGCUGCGAGAACUUAACCCUUGUGGAUUGGUCCUCAGGUAUACACAUGUUCAUGGCAAUACUACCGGCAGUUCUAUGCUUCAAUACCAAUGACAAAUGGAACUAUAAUGUCUAUAUAUAGGGGUGUGUGUGUGUGGGUAUGUGCGUGCGUGAAUUCAGAGAGCAGUUUGAGCAUUAUGCGAUGACCAGACAUGCCACUGUAUUAUUCAUAGUAACAAUGGUGCUAUAAGAUGUAUGCUUUCAUAUUCAUUUGUUAUUUUUUUAAUCUGGCCAAAGGCUGGUAGGAAAGUAAGAGAACAAUAGUUAUCAAUAGGAUCUUAUCUUAAUGCUUAGCACAUACUGAAGGGCGAGAGCCAUAGAUUCACUGAGUCUGUAGGAUUAUCAGAAACAAACAUUUUACUUUUAGAAUUUUACCAUCUUGUCAUUUUAAGUAUUAUUGGCGGUGUUACUUUAAAAUAUAAUUUAUUCAGAACAUGUUAAUAGAAUAUAUAUCCAAAAUUCUUAAAUACAGGAUACAUUGCUUUCCCCACCGUCAGUGGGACAGUUUACAUAUGUGAAGACUAAAUAUGCUUUACAAUUUUGACUGAAGCUUUUUUUGGCCUAAUUUUUCGUUACAUUAAGUUUAUUAGC